CUUGGGCGGAACGGCGAUAUUUUAUGGACAGGGACAGACCAUAAUGACCGAGAGACAGAGAGACGGUGAUAGACGAGGUGAGAGAGAUGAGAGAGAUGAUGAAGGGAUUGGCCAGACAAAUGACCGAUAUCGAGACAAAGACGGGAGCCACUACUUAUCGAGACAAGCUAGGAUCCCUCUAUUCAUUGCGAUGGGAACGCAGGAACACCGACCCGUGGAGGAGCAUGGAGGAUAGGAACCCUCGCACACUAGCGGACUAUCGCGCGAGAGAGAAGCACGACGAUGCCUGGCUACGUAGGGAUGAGGAAAUUGCCAGAGACCGCCGAGGUGACGGGUAUCGUGGAGUAGACGUUUUGAGCCGAGGGGGGAAACUGAAACAGUAUCCGCGCAGUCCCAGAUAUGGAGGGAACAUGGAAGGAUACCGGAGCCCAGACAAUUUUAACCCGAGGGACAGAGACGACUCCCGCGGCAGAUGGGAAUCGGACAGGGACCGCCGUGAUGGAUAUCGUGGGGGUUACGAGAGGAUAGAGCGAGGUGAAGGUCGUCGAGAAGACCCACGAGGGCAGUAUGAUCGAGGAGGAUACCCUGCGUCGCCUAGGUACCCAAAGUCUCCAAACUAUCCCAAGUCCCCGAGACCGUCCACCCAAGAUAUUAGGCCUGCGAGAGGCUCGACUAUUAGGGGCACUGAAGAGAGACCCCCUACUCCUAGAAAUUUCUGCAUCUAUUGUAGGGCAGAUGAUCACGCGAAGCGGAACUGUCCCGACCUCAGGCCGGCUAUAGAUGAAGGAUUUGUCGUACUUGAUGAUCGCAAGUACGUCAAGUGGGCAGAUGACCUCGGCGACGUAUCGAUGUUCCCUUCGAUGAAGGAGAACGUUGAGACCAGGCGUGUACGACCAAGUAAGGGUAAAGAAGUGGCAAGGAGCCAGAGUGUGCGGAUGAGUUUGCCUUCGGAUGACGGGGCAUCUGCGACACCUAUACGGGUAGCGGCGACUAAGUCCGCAAGGGGGUCUUCCUCUAAGAAGACUGACACCGAUUAUGUGAUUGCGGAAAAGGAUGGACAGAGGAUUGAAGGAGAGGAAGUCAUAUUUUCGCCGCACAAGCGCGGAGCCCGGAAGUUUACUAUGAAGGACACCUUGGACGAUAUCGAUACAGUGGAGCCUCUCAUACGUGCGCUUAGGCAACCAAUGCAGUGCACGAUACUUGAGUACCUGGCAACUUCGAGACCCCCGCGAGAUGAGCUACAGAUGAUCACGCGCAAGACUCGCAUUCCCCUGGGAGACGAAGUCCAGAUGACUUUCAAACCAGAGGUACCCUCUGUGGCAGUAUCGGGAGUGUGCGCAAAGGCAGAACGCGCAGCGACAAUGUAUUUGGAUGGAAUGGAAGGCGUGCCUCCUCACAAGUUUUACAUUUUAGGGAGUGGGACAGUGGAGACCAUUCUCAAUGACGAGAUAGUCCUCCAUGGGGUGAUUGACAAUGGCAGCGAAGUUGUCAUCAUAGACAAGGAACUUGCUGUGCGAUUAGGGAUGGACCUCGACAGGUCUUACCUAUUCGAGAUAGAGACAGUCGAUGAAAGAAAGCAGAAGGAGUUUGUCACACGGCGGCCAUCGAGGUCGAAGGGUUACGCCUGUUGAUGCCUGUUUUCGCGGUCAGGGACUGCAGUUCAGAGUUACUACCAGGGCGGACGUGGCUGAGCCAUGUUCAUGCAGUUACUAUAGAGCAACCGGA